AUGUACGCGAACGAUGCGAUACAUCACAUCCCACAGCCUCCCCACAGCGCGGGCGUUGCGUACAAAGGUCUGCGAGCCGCGAUAGACCCAACCCAGAUCCCCUCUCCCAUCGAGGUCGUUGAAGCAGACCGUGAAGUAUGGGAAGGCAAAACGUACAUGACUCUCCCUGGCAAUCAUGCCCCAUUGUCCACCACCAACUUCGUGGCAAUUGACCAAGGCAACUCAUCCCCCAAAUAUGUGCGUAUGUCGACAUGGAACAUCCCAAGUACCUCUCGGCUCGCCUCCGAAUGUGAAAUCCCCAUUGCUGCGGUGAUACAGCCCUUCGUCGAACUGGGCCCUCGAGAAGAGCCUGUCCCACUUGUCGACUUUGGCGAGAUGGGUCCUCCACGCUGUUCAAAAUGUAGGGGUUAUAUCAACCCUUGGUGUACAUGGGCGGCAGGCGGGUACAGAUGGAAGUGUAAUUUGUGCUCCCAUGAAACGGAUGUCCCUGGAGAGUACUUCAGCAAUUUGGAUGCCAACUUCCUUCGGCUAGAUCAUCUGGAACGACCUGAGUUGAACAAGGGCACCAUAGAUAUCGCAGUAUCACGCGAAUACUGGGCGCCGCACCCUCCCCCACGAAUCAAGCCUUUGUACCAACCUGUCGCGUCGAUGCCCGAGGCAGGUCACAGGCAGCCACAACCUAUGGACUAUGUCUUUGUGAUAGAGACGACGGCUGAUGCAAUACGGUCUGAGUUUACUCGAAAAUCUUGUGAAGCAUUAGCCCGAACGCUGUACGGGGGCGUCUCAGAAGAGGGCACACCAGCCGAGCCGUGUUUUCCUGCGAACAUUAGAAUGUGUCUCAUUACGUUCGAUCGUACAUUGCAAUUCUACAACUUCACCUCGAAUCCGGACCGUGCCACUAUGAUGGUUGUAGCGGAUCUUGACGACGUGUUUAUCCCUAUUGCAGAUGGGCUCUUUGCUGACCCUGCCCGUUCGCGAGCAAGUAUAGAGAACGUGCUACGGACACUCCCGGACCAGAAUGCGGAAACUGCAUCCUAUGAUUCUGCUCUUGGCGCAGCGCUCAUAGCAGCCAUGGCUACACUUGUAGGCCGGGGAGGACAAGUCGUCAUGUUUGCAAGCACACUGCCGACGGCCGGUCCCGGUGCCCUGAGGCCUCGAGAAGACGAGUCUGCGCUGUAUGACACAGACAAGGAGAUGUCUCUGUAUGCGCCUCGGGAUCAGACAUGGAAAGACAUCGGCGAGCAAUGUGCUGACGAGGGUAUCGGCGUACAUAUGUUUCUGGGACCUCUUAAGCCUAUUGAUAUAGGAACUAUUGGCGCUACGAGUUCGCAUUCUGGCGGCGAACUCUUUUUCCAUCCUCGCUUCGAUCCUAUCCGAGAUGGCAUUGCGAUUGACUCGCAGCUACGACGAGUUGUCUCUCGCUUCACGGGGUACAGUUGCGCCAUGAGGGUGCGAUGCUCAACAGGCCUUCAUAUUUCCAAGCAGUACGGGAACUUCUACGAGAAUGCUUCGAACGACCUCCAAUUUGGAACCAUGGACGCGGAUAAGUCUAUCGUCGUAGUGUUCGCUCACGGUCAUACACUUGAUGAUAGAAACUAUGCCUUCGUGCAAUCAGCCGUGCUGUACACGACGAUCACAGGCGAACGACGCGUUCGUAUCUGUAAUGUCGCACUGCAGGUCGUGUCCUUGGCGGGUAACGUAUUCCGCUUUGCGGACACGGAUGCAGUCGUGACAGCGAUGAUACGAGAAGCCGUCUCGAAAUUAUCCAGCCAGAAAAUUUCGUACAUUCACGAAGAGCUGACGGAAAGAUCCGCCUCUAUCUUACUCGGAUACCGGAAGCAUUGUGCAGCGGCGACCGCACCAUCGCAGUUGAUCAUUCCAGAGGCAUUUCGUGCACUGCCUGUGUACACUUUGGCAAUGAUGAAGAUUCGUGCGCUGAAAGCCCGGAGUGUCAGUUCUGACGUCAGGAAUUACACUGCGCACAGGCUCAUGUCUAUAAGUGUACGGAGCACGAUGCAUCAUCUGUAUCCAAGAUUACUGGCGUUACAUGAUCUGGAUGACGUGAUCGCUCUUCCAAAGCCUGACUCUGGCGAGGUUGAGCUACCAUCGUUAAUGCGAGACAGUCAUCUGUUCAUGGAGGGACAUGGUUUAUAUUUAAUCGACAACGAAGAGACUAUGAUCCUCUGGAUAGGAUACAGCGUAUCGCCGCAGGUCCUGCAAGAUUUACUCGGAGUAGAUGAUAUUAACGACCUCGACCGCAAUAUGAACUGCCUCCCAGUGCUCAACACGCGGCUGUCCACUCAAGUGCGAAAUGUCUUGGCGCAUCGUUUUCGCCAACAAGGCAGGAAGCUCAAGUUCACCAUUGCUCGGCAAAACAUGGAUGGUGCUGAGAUUGACUUUGCUGACAUGCUCGUCGAAGACUCAAACAAUGGCGCCAUGUCUUACCUAGAUUAUCUAUGCGUUGUACACAAGCAAAUUAGCACUGUGCUAACCACUGGCGCGUCCUUGUCUGGACCGAGUGGUUUUCGCGGAUCUAUUUGGUGA